AUGUCGUCUCGCUUCCCCCACGGCGGCAGCGGCGGCGGCGGCGACCACCGCGGGGGCGACGCGGGCGACGCCGCCCUCGCCCGCGACAUCGUCACGCUCCACAAGGCGCUCUCCCUCGACCCCUCCGCCCGCCGCCGCCGCUCCCUACCGCUCCCCUCCCCAUCCCCCGCCGCCACCGAGCAGCCGCGCCACAAGCCCCGGCUCAAGCCCUCCUUCUCCUCCUCCUCCUCCUCGUCGCGCAAGCUCCUGCCGUCCACCGCCAACUCCUCCUCCGCUUCCACUUCCUCGUCCUCCUCUUCCUUCUGGAAGAAGUCCCUGACCGCCAUCUCGCACCUGGGCCGCCGCCGCCUCGACUGCGCGUUCGCGCUGCACGUGCACUCCGUCGACGGCCUCCCCGCUGCGCUCGAUGGGUCCGCGGUCUCCGUCCAGUUCCGCCGGAUGUCCGUGUCCGCCUCCACCCGCUCCGUCCCGGCCGCCCUCGGCGCCGCCGCGUUCGAGGAGGCGCUCACGCUGCGGUCCCCGGUCUACUUCUCCCGCGGCGCGAAGGCCGUGGUCAAGUACGAGCCCCGCGCCUUUGCUGUCUCCGUCGCCGCCUCCACUCUCGAGCUCGGUAAGCACGAGGUCGACCUCACCCGCCUGCUCCCGCUCUCCUUCGACGAUCUCGAGGACGGCGGCGACUCCGGCUUCGGCAAGUGGAGCACCAGCUUCCGGCUGUCCGGCCCCGCCCGCGGCGCGCGGCUCAACGUAACCUUCUCUUGCUCGCUCCUCGCGGGCGGCGGCGCCAGCGAGCAGCACAAGGCCGGGGAAGUGGCGGGGCUGCGGCGCGGGUCCAUGGCGCGCCCGGUGUCAGUGCAGACGCCGACGCCUGUGCCGGCGCGGAGCAGGGACGUGAGGGUGCUGCACGAGGUGCUGCCCAGCUUGAGGUCUGCCAGGUCGCUGCCUUUUGUUGGUGACGGGGGUCCUGUCGCGAGGAAGGAGGAGGUGGCAGCACUGGACUGCACGGAGGAGGGGUCUCCGGAGGCAAAGCACUGCACAUCGGUAGAGGUUAAGAAGGGGAGCUCGGUGCGUCCAGAUGGCGAUUGGGGCACGGUGGAGUUCAAUGUUGUUGAGCAUGGAGUUGAGGUUGCUUCAGAUGACCCACAAAGACUCAAACAUGUGGAAACCAGCAAUGCUGCUGAUCAUGAUGAGGAUUCAGGGUUUAAAAUUGACGAAGAGGGAUCAUUCAAGCCUGUAGUAAUAAGCGGUGAUGUCGCUGAAGAUCAGACUGUUGGAGUGAAGACUGAGGUGGCAGUCAGUGAUGUUGCUGUUCAAAGGGAGAAUGUGGAAGACAAAGAGGAUGGAAUAGUCAAAGCCGCUUCACUGCCUACUGCUGCUCCGGAAGCAGAGGGUCAGUUUGGAGCAGAUGCAGAACUGGAGGACCUGGAAUGUAUUUUGAACGAGCUCUCAGUUGCUGAGCCGGAGGAAUUUGAAUCACCAGUUGUAGAAGAUAAGCAUUCUAGGCGAUUGAGCUGCACAGGAGUGACUGAUAGUUACAAGUCUGCCAGUAGGAAGGGCAGAUCGCGCAGCAUGGAUCUUUCAACAGAUUCUGUUGCUAAUGAGUUCUUGGAUAUGCUUGGCAUAGAGCAUAGCCCAUUUGGGCAACCCUCAGAUAGUGAUUCCGAGUCACCGAGAGAACGACUUUGGAAGCAGUUUGAAAAGGAAACGUUAUCAUCUGGCAACGCUAUUCUUGGUUUGGACUUUGACCAUGGAAUUGAAGGACCUACUUGUGAGGAUGUUGUGGAGGAUUUCGAUCUCUCUGCAAUGAUACAUGAGGCUGAGCUCGAGCUUCAGAAUGGAAGCCAACCCAUUGAUACCAAAUUUCAAGCUAAGUCGCUGGAAGACGAAGAAACUGAGGCCUUAAUGCGUCAGUUUGGGCUAAAUGAGAAGUCCUUCCAAUCUUCUCCUGAAAGUAGAAGUGGGUUUGGUAGCCCCAUUAACCUCCCACCUGAGCAGCCCCUGGAGCUACCGCCAUUGGCUGAAGGUUUAGGUCCAUUUAUUCAGACCAAAGAUGGAGGAUUUCUGCGAUCAAUGAACCCAGCCCUGUUCAAAAAUGCAAAGAACAACUGCAGCUUGGUUAUGCAGGCUUCUUCUCCGAUUGUACUACCAGCAGAGAUGGGAUCUGGGAUUAUGGAUAUAUUGCGUGGUCUGGCAUCAGUUGGAAUUGAGAAGUUAUCAAUGCAGGCAAACAAACUUAUGCCCUUGGAAGAUGUUAAUGGUAAAAUGAUGCAGCAGAUUGCCUGGGAAGCUGCUCCAGCUCUGGAGUCUACUGAAAGAUAUGAUGCAUUGGACUAUCAUAGCAUCGAUGCUUUGGUAGGAGGGGGUGGCAAUGCUCCCUCUGGUAAGAAGAAGAAAGGUAGAUGUGCUGAUCUUUCAUCAUCCUUGGGUGGGGAGAAUGCUUCAGAGUAUGUUUCACUUGAGGACCUUGCACCAUUAGCUAUGGAAAAGAUUGAAGCCCUUUCCAUUGAGGGUUUGAGGAUACAAUCUGGCAUGUCAGAAGAAGAUGCACCCUCCAAUAUCAGUGCGAAGCCUAUUGGGGAAUUUUCAUCUCUGCAAGGAAAGUGUGCAGAGAAUACCUUGUCCCUUGGUUUAGAGGGAACUGCAGGUUUGCAGCUUCUGGACAUAAAGCAAAGUGGAGAAGAAGUUGAUGGAUUAAUGGGCUUGUCAAUCACUCUAGAUGAGUGGAUGAGGCUUGAUUCUGGGGUUGUGGACGAAGAAGAACAGUAUAGUGACCGGACAUCGAAGAUACUUGCUGCUCACCAUGCAAAAUCCAUGGAGUUAGUUGCUGAAAACCGGAAUGGAGACAGAAAGAGUAGGAGAUCUGGUAGAAGAUGGGGCUUGUUAGGGAAUAACUUUACGGUUGCUCUCAUGGUUCAACUGCGUGACCCACUACGCAAUUACGAGCCAGUGGGCACACCAAUGCUCGCAUUAAUCCAAGUUGAAAGGGUUUUUGUACCCCCAAAGCCCAAAAUCUACAGUACUGUCUCAGACAAAGGCAACAGCGAGCAGGAUGAUGAGGAACCCAAGACCGAAGAGGUUCCAGAUAAGGCAUUGGUCACAGAAGAGAAGGCUGAGGAAUUAGAGGAUCCCAUUCCCCAAUUCAAGGUUACAGAAGUGCAUGUCGCUGGUUUCAAGAGCGAACCUGAGAAGAUGAAACCAUGGGGCAAUCAAACGCAGCAGCAGUCUGGCUCUAGAUGGUUGCUUGCAGCUGGCAUGGGCAAGGGAAACAAGCAUCCUCUGAUGAAAUCCAAAGCUAUCGUGAAGCCAACCAAAGAGGCAGCUGGUCAGGCAGGAGACACCCUCUGGAGCAUUUCUUCACGUGUUCAUGGAGCAGGGACCAGGUGGGGCGAGCUAACAGGAAACAAGAGUCAUUCACGGAACCCAAAUAUCAUGCUUCAAAAGGACAAGAGAUUUCGGUGA